AUGCGAGUAUCUGUCAUUCAGGAUCUCAGGGAAGAUGAAAAUGGGGAUGGGGAAGAAGAAGAAAAGGUCUUCCUCAAGCCUGUUAUUGAGGACAGAAAUAUGGAACUGGCCCGAAAAUGCAGUGAAAUAAUAAGUGAUAUACACUAUAAAGAAGAGUUUAAAAAAUCUAAAGGCAAAUGCAUAUUUGUACCUGACACCCCACAGCUAAAACAUGUGAAAAGUCUCAGUGCUUUUAUUUCUGAGGUAAAGUAUAAAGGAGCUGCUAAGAAAGACCUUUCCAACUCUCUUUAUCAGCAGAUGCCAGCCACAAUUGACAGUGUAUUUGCAAAGGAAUUAACGCAACUUCAGAGCAAGGUUCUAUAUAAACAAAAACAUGAUGCUGAGAAAGGAACUUCAGAUUAUGCACAUAUGAAGGAGCCUCCAGAUAUUAAGCACGCUAUGGAAGUCAAUAAAUACCAGAGUGAUGUAUCCUAUAAGAAGGAUGUGCAAGAUACUCAUAGAUACACUGAAGUGCUGAACAGGCCGGACAUAAAGAUAGCAACUGAGAUAACAAAGAUAAUAAGCGAUGCUGAGUACAAGAAAGGAAGGGGAGAAAUGAAUAGGGAGCCUGCUGUACUUGGAAGACCAGAUUUUGAACAUGCUAAAGGAGUUUCAAAACUGUUAAGCCAAGUGAAAUACAAAGAGCAGUUCAGUAAGGAAAUGAAGAGCCACCAGUACAAUCCUCUCGACAGUGCUUCCUUCAAGCAAGCACAGAUUGCAUCCACCUUGGCAAGUGAUGUGAAUUACAAGAAGGAUUUGGAAGGCCUACAUGAUCCAGCCUCUGAUCUACCAAACCUGCUAUAUUUAAACCAUGCUUUAAAUAUCAGCAAAACACAUAGUGAUUAUGAAUAUAAGAAAUCAUUUAAGCAAAGCAAGGGCUUCUAUCAUUUCACCCCGGAUACAGCUGAACAAAUCCAUCACAAAGAAAAUGCAGUGCUUCAAAGUCAGCUCAAGUACAAAGAGAAUUAUGAAAAAUCUAAAGGCAGAUCAAUGCUGGAGUUUGUGGAUACACCAAUGUAUCAAGUUUCAAAGGAGGCUCAAAAGAUGCAAAGUGAGAAAAUAUAUCGCAAAGAUUUUGAAGAAGGGAUCAGGGGAAGACCCUCAAUGGAUUUAGACAAGACCCCAGAGUUCUUGCAUAUAAAACAAGUCACUAACCUUCUGAAAGAGAAAGAGUAUAGAAAAGAUUUGGAAGAAGGGAUGAAAGGAAAAGGAAUGACAGUGUUUGAAGAUACACCAGAUUUGAUUAGAGUGAAAAACGCAGCUCAGAUACUAAAUGAGAAACACUACAAGAAAGACCUGGAAACUGAAAUUAAAGGGAAGGGCAUGCAAGUUGGUCCAGAUACUCCUGAGAUAAGACGAGCCAAGAAAGCUUCUGAAAUUGCAAGCACGAAAGAAUACAAGAAGGACUUGGAGAAUGAAAUUAAAGGAAAGGGAAUGGAAGUGGGCACGGAUACCCCUGAUAUACAACGAGCCAAAAAAGCUUCUGAAAUUGUAAGCCAGAAAGAAUAUAAAAAGGAUCUGGAGACUGAAAUUAUAGGAAAAGGGAUGCAAGUUGGCCCAUAUACUCCUGAAAUACAACGGGUCAAAAGGGCUUCAGAAAUAGCAAGCCAGAAAAUGUACAAAGAUGAAGCAGAAAAGAUGCUCUGUAACUAUUCUGCUGUCCCAGACACUCCAGAGAUGGAGAGGAUAAAAAGUACUCAGAAAAACAUCAGUUCAGUGUUUUAUAAGAAGGAAGUAGGAGCUGGCACAGCUGUAAAAGAGACUCCAGAGAUUGAAAGAGUAAAGAAAAAUCAACAGAAUAUUAGUUCGAUUAAAUACAAGGAGGAAGUUCAGCAUGCAACAACCAUUUCUGAUCCACCUGAACUAAGGAGAGUUAAGGAAAACCAGAAGAAUAUUAGCAAUGUUCAGUACAAAGAACAGCUCUGCAAAGCUACGCCUGUGAGUGUCACCCCUGAGAUUGAAAGAGUCAAGAGGAAUCAAGAGAAUGUCAGCAUGGUUCACUACAGAGAACAGCCUGGCAAAGCUACUGCUGUGAGUGUCACUCCUGAGAUAGAGAGAGUCAAGAAGAAUCAAGACAAUAUCAGCUCGGUCAAGUACAGCAGUGAUCAAAGGCAGAUGAAAGGUAGACGUAGUGUGCUUCUAGACACACCUGAGCUAAGGCAUGUCAAAGAAACACAAAACAACAUCUCAAUGGUAAAAUACCAUGAAGAUUUUGAGAAGACAAAGGGCAGAGGCUUCACCCCAGUGGUAGAUGAUCCUGUAACAGAGCGGGUGCGGAAAAACACCCAAAUUGUGAGUGAUGCAGCAUAUAAAGGUGUGCAUCCACAUAUCGUUGAAAUGGAUAGAAGACCUGGAAUAAUUGUUGAUCUUAAAGUUUGGCGCACAGAUCCUGGCUCCAUCUUCGACAUUGAUCCUCUGGAGGACAAUAUUCAGUCUAGGAGUCUGCAUAUGCUUUCUGAAAGAGCAAGCCGUUACAGUAAGCAGUAUUUACAUUCUACCAGUUUGGGAGAUUAUAAAUCAGAUGGUUCUGACACGAACCCUACCUUUUCUUACUGCAGUGAGAUAACAAGGCCAUCUGAUGAAGGAGCCCCUGUUCUCCCUGGGGCAUAUCAGCAAAGCCAGUCCCAAGGAUAUGGAUACAUGCACCAGACCAGUAUGUCAUCCAUGAGGUCCAUGCAUUCACAGCCUCAUUCAGCAGGUCUGAGAACAUACAGAGCUAUGUAUGACUACAGCGCUCAAGAUGAAGAUGAAGUUUCCUUCAGGGAUGGUGAUUAUAUCAUCAAUGUGCAACCAAUUGAUGAUGGCUGGAUGUAUGGUACUGUUCAGAGAACUGGGAAAACAGGAAUGCUUCCAGCAAAUUAUAUUGAGUUUGUUAACUAAUUUUUGUCUCUAGUCCUUUGAGCUUUAUUAUGAUUUACUCAAAAUCUAACCUUUUAGAAAAAGUCAGAAGAAUCUUUUAAGAGUACAUGUUCAUUACUUUAUCACUGCUAUAACAGUCUGCAUUCUCACUCAGAAUCCAAUUUAGAGUCCUUUAAAGUAAAGAUAAAUAAUCAACAAGAAGCUCAGAGCUUUGAAAACAGCAUUGCUUAUAAUAGUGCUCCCUCAAAAUGAAAAACAUAUAUGGAAGCCUGGUGCUGCCAAUCCUAUAAAGAUUUCAGUCAAUUAGCUGUAAAGGGGAAAUAUCUUUUCCCUACACCUCAAAGACAUUAUUUCUCUUUAUUAUAACUACCAUAAAAUCGAUUCACUUCUUAUGGCACUCUGAAGUCACAGGAGGUUAACACACUGAGUUUGAACACAUCUUCAAAUUAUUCGGGAGGUGUUUAAUGUUUGAGCAGUUAGCAUCCUAAUAAAAAUAAAAAUGUUGAGUAGAUAAUUCAAUCAUUUGAAAUAAUGACAAGUAAUGUGCUAGUAAAAAAAACAAAUAAAAACCCCUACUGCCCAGCAGUCUUACAGUAAACAGGUCUAUUUUGACAGCAUAAAUUUCCUGACUCUUGCAUACCCCCAUUUAUUCCUGGAUUACCCAUUUUCUCUUAUUUCCAACAGUGACCUCUUCUGUCAGCUUUGCUUGCAUCCCAGUCCAUCAGUUAGAUCCAUGCCUGGAUUCAUGGUUCUUCGGUAUCUUUUCCACAGAAAAUUCCUUGCAAAGACUAUCUAGAGUAUAAAACCUGUUAACUCUUCUGUUUCCUUCUAAUAAUACUUAGCAUUUAAAUAGAAACUUCCAUUAGGGCAAUGUACAACCAAUACUUCAUGUUAGCUCCUUUACCUUCCCGUGUACUGCUGUAAAUAAAUGUCCUGUGUGAGGCCCCAGUGCUGUGCAGUCACGCAAAGCCUGCAGUCUCAUCCCUCCUUCUUGCCACAGGUAACUCGCUUAAUGGCUGCUUUGCUGAUGAGCUAAUGUACCUACCCCUGCUGCAGAAAUACUUGCACCUCCAUUGAGGAGUGGAGGAGAGCUCUGGUUAUUGUAGUGCAUUUCAGCUCAAUGGCCUAUUGCUUCACUUUCCUCCAAAAAUCUUGGUGAUCCAACAGUGGGUUGUACGCUUGCCAAAUGAUUAAUGAUGGAGAAAUACUACGUUUUCUUUUACUGAUGUAAUCUUUCUCAUAACUGACACCGAAGGGAAAACUAACCAAACACAAGUCCAACAUACUCUAUGCCAUCAUGCUUCAGUUUAGCCAUCUGUAGAAAACAGUAAAAAUAUUUUGCUGACAGACCUUCACGUACGCUAUUUGGUGUCCAUUAACUUAUGAUCAGAACUAAGAGAUCCAGGUCUCAGUCUGUGAUGCUAAGGAGAGGAUCAAAUAACUGGUGACAUAAUGGACCUGUAAGAGGGACUGUGUCGGCAGGCUUGGUCACCAGGAAGUUGGUUUUGCUUUGACUGGGUGCCAGGAGGGUGCCGCGUUCCCUCCCAGGGAGAAACUCUGUGCGGAAGGACAAAAGAGUUAAAGAUUCGUGUGGGAACUUACUCAUGUGGAUGCAUACGUGUGUAAGGAAGAAAAUGUUUUUGCUGAUAGUAUCAUUUGUGGUGUUCAGCCAUGUGCUAGAGAAGUUAAUUUUGGAGUAGCUCUCAGAAUGUUGAUCCUGCACUGGCUUUCUUCCAUUUCUGAAAUUUUUAAAGUAGAAUUAAAUAUAGAAUUUAUGGACAAUUUUGUAUUUCUCAUUUCACAAAGUAAGCAAGCCUACAAUAUCUAUUUAAAGAAUGAAGAAGGAAGGCAGUAUGGAUUUGUUAUGUCAACUGAAAGUUGUCAAUGCAAAUACCUGCUAGUUCUAUUUUUGCAUACAAUUAGGAAUUGGAAAGCUUAUGCAAUUUUUUUUAGGUGUUGCUAACACAGGGCUGAUCCCAGCUGCCAAACAGGGUGGAAUGACUGCAUUAAAAAAAAAAAAUUAAAAAAAUGUCCGUGACUGUGGAAUUGCCUAUGUUUUCUUGUCAGCUGCCUAAUUUCAAGGCUAAAGCUGACCAGGAGCAUCUAACUUCAAAAAAUGUGGCUUAAAACCAGGGAUGUGAUACUGUAAAUGUGCAGUCUGUAUGGGUGACUGUUGUGGUUUAACCCCAGCCAGCAACUCAGCACCACGCAGCCGCUUCCCCCUCCCCCUCCCAGUGGGGUGGGGAGGAGGAAAGGGAAGAAAAAAAAAGUAAAACUCGUGGGUUGAGAUAAGAACAGUUUAAUAACUAAAGUAAAAUAAAAUAUCAUACUAACUAAUAAUAAUAAUAAUAAAAACAUAAUAAUAAUAAUAAUUGUAAUGAAAAGGAAUAUAACAAAAAAAAGAGAGAAGUAAAACCCAAGAAAAGACAAGUGAUGCACAAUGCAAUUGCUCGCCACCCGCUGACCGAUGCCCGAGCAGCGAUCCACCCCUCCCGGCCAGCUCCCCCCUGUUUAUAUACUGGGCAUGAUGUUCCAUGGUAUGGAAUACCCCUUUGGCUAGUUCAGGUCA